AUGAACUCAAGACAGCUGGAGACUAGCUUCGCCAAAUUUGAUGGUAUUCUUAAAAUAACAGUUGCACAGGUGAAAAAAGCAGUCCUUGAAACUAAACAAACUAAAUUUAUAAGGGAUCAGACAGACUAUAAUAGCAACACUGUAUAUACAUGGAAAAAGGCAGACAAUAGAUCAAGAAGACAAUCUAGAGGUAGAUCCAGAAAUAGACGGAACGGUAGUAGGAAUAGAAACACUAAUAAUGAUCAAGGGGCUGUACACAAUACAGAAACCAAGAGAGUGACAUAUUCUGACACUGACUUUGAGUCAGGGGAUGAUAAUGGGGCUUCGAGUGGUGAUGAACCACCAAGAAGCAUACUUAAAAAUACCAAACAAAAUUCAUCACAACAGGCAGUCUGCGAGGCUACUGGCUCUGGUCACCAUCAGAUACAAGCAGUGACACCUAAGACUAAACUUGCUGAACCUAAAGGUUCCUCUACAAAGUAUGUUGAUAACAGUACAACAGUACCACAAACAGUUAUAUCUGAUGAUGAUCAACGCCAGAUAGAGCAGGUUUUUCGUCUUCCUCCACAGCGCACAGGGAUAGGACAAACAGCCGAUAAGGGGGGCUCUGUCGUGGUUUUGAACAAGACUGACUAUGUAAAUGAGGCACUACGCCAGCUUAACAAUGUAGAGGAUUAUAUCCCCCUUGACAGGGAUCCUACCACUACAUUUAAGAAAGAUCUAUUGGACAUUUUGGACGAUGGGCUGGAGGAAGGGCACUACGAUCAAAAAACCUUUGAAUUUCUAGUGGUGGAUCAUCCAGUUGUGCCCAUUUUCCAUCAUUUGCCCAAAGUCCAUAAGUCCCUGACAGAAGUCAGGGGUCGUCCAAUAGUGAAUGGUAUUAAUUCUCUGUUGGAACAUGUGUCACAAUGGGUUGAUAGUAUUCUACAACCACUUGUUAAGAACCUACAUAGUUACAUCCAGGAUACGAAGGAUGUAAUAAUGAUUCUGGACAAACUUAAGUGGAACAGUGCUUGCUAUAAAUGGGCAACUAUUGAUGUAGUAGCAUUGUACUCCUCGAUCCCUCAUGAGGAGGGCCUUACAGCGUACGUGGGACUUACUACAACAGAGGUUAAGGUGCGCAUACGUAAUCAUCUGUCAACUAUACAGGCAGAUUUCCCAGUUGAGCCUUCACCACCCUACGCAUCUUCUUUUGGGACUCAUAAUAUCACAUUAAAGUGGCCUGUGACAAAUGUCACUGUAACAGCAUUUAUUAUACAGUGGAAAUAUGUACACAUCCCAGGAGCCUGGGAAUAUACUCAGACAGUGACGGAUUCAGUUUAUACUGUGAAUGGCCUACAGCCCUAUACUGAGUAUUGGUUCCGCGUGGUCUGGAUUUUGUGCCACCUGGAAUUUUAUUCUCCACCCAGCCUUGUUUAUCGAACACUUGCAUAUGGAGCACCUGCAAGUGUUCCUCGCAUUGAGACUCUUCAGAGUUCCAGCUAUGACACAAUUGAGGUUAUCUGGAUUCCUCCUCUUUUCUCAAAUGGACCGAUAAUUGGUUAUAAUUUGAUACUCUCUGCAGACAAGGAAAACCAGAGACACCACUCAGAGACUAGAAGACACAGCUUCCAAUUCUACAACACAAAACCCAACAGCACAUACAGGUUUUCCAUCACUGCAGUAAAUGCUGAAGGGGAAGGGCCUGCUGCAGAAGCCAACAUUACAACAGCAGCGUCAACAGUUCCAGAUAAAAACCUAUGGCUCUUUCUAUCAAGAAACAGCACUCUUAAAAAGAGAGAGAAACUAAAGGAGCCAUUUGAUGAAUCUCAUUGCUUGCCAGCACAGAGUGAAAUCACAGCUAUUUCUAUAAACGUUUACACGGAGGAGAUCUUUUUCUCAGAACGGAAUUAUAUUUGGGUGAAAGGAGCCACUAAUAUAACUGACACAUCAAAUCUUAGGAUUUAUUUCACUGGCCUUGGGGCCAUUACUUCCAUUUCUGUGGACUGGCUCUUUAAUAAGAUGUAUUUUGUCAUGGACAAACAGGUGUACACCUGUGAUUUAAAUAACUGCUCAGAUGUGAAAAUGGUUACUUUGAAUUCAACUUUCAGUCCACACAAACUUGUCGCUGAUCCAUACAAUGGGUAUCUUUUUCUCCUGAUGGAUAAUGGUAUUCACAGAAUAGUUCUCCCUGAAACUUCUAUUCAGGAAAAUGUAUUGAAAACUGUAGUGCACAGCAGAACUAUUCAGGAUUUCAUGAUCAAUUUUCAGUCUAAGAGACUUGUUUAUGUUAAUAAUGUAGACCGUGGACUUUUCUCCAUUGUGUCUGCCUUUUUGGAUGGAUCUGAUGCUCAUGACUUAAGGGAAAUAAGAGAUGAUACCAUUAAGGAAAUUAAAAGUUUUCUUUUUUUUGGUGAUACAGUAUUAUUCACAGAUGGAAACAUUGUCUACUAUGAGGAAUUUAAUAUGGACAAAUAUUGGUAUAAUGAAUAUAUAGUGGCUUGUGAUAUUGCAGCACCAACACUUUCAGGCUACAAUAAUAUCAACUUGUAUGGAGAAUCUGUUCAGCCUUUUCCUCUGCCAAGUGAACCUCAACAAGUGUUGGUGUUGUUUGGUACAGAAUGCGCCACAGUUCUGUGGAAGCCACCAAAAACCACCCUGGAGUCUAGUAUCACUUCUUGGCAAAAAUGGACAUAUACUGUUAACAUCUCAUCUCAACAGGCAGCAAUAAUGUAUGUUUUUACAAAUAUCACAUCUACUGAGAUAACAGUGAAAGAGCUGAAUAAAUCUACCAAAUAUGAAAUAACUGUUCAAGCUUCAUCACCUGCUGGUGCAAGUCUGUCGACAUUACCCAUCACAGGAACCACUCUACACUCAGGUGAUGAAGAACGUUAUUUUCUAGCAAUAGGUACUAAUGGAUUAUGGAAGCAACCUUUGGACAGAUUUGGUCCAGGAACAUUUCUUUCAGACAAACCUAGACUUGCUUCAGAUCUGGACUGGUAUAACAGCACCCUCUACUGGAGCAAUGAAACAGGACAAGUAAACAUGUGGGACAUGAGAGAUACUGUUGGCUUUAAUAUAUCCCAUAUACCUGGAAUACACAGGGCUGGAGCUCUGGCAUUUGAUUGGCUUGGUCAGGUUAUUUACUGGUCUGAUAAGACUGACUCCAAGAUUUAUAGAAAAUCCCUGAGCACACUUGACUCUGAAACUGUGACUGCUGCAAGAUAUCUUGUGACUGAUCUUGUGCUGGACUCUGUAAAUGCUUUUCUUUAUUGGUGCACAGAUUAUACAGUAGAAAGCAGCAGGCUGAAUGGGCAAAGACAUUUGACAUUUUAUAGUGUCAAACCACUUUCUAGCACUCAGGUAGUUGCCCUGACAGUGGACAUCAGAUAUGGACUUCUCUAUUGGCUAGUGAAGGAUGGGCUAAACAUUAAUAUGUACAAUGCUGUUUUCCGCAAAGAUGGAUUUAAUGAGACAAUUGUCACAAAAUUUCCUUUUUGGAGUUCCUCUGAGAUUUCCCAGAAUGCUCUGAUAUUUCAUAGUGACCGGCUCUACUGGAUCAAUGGAAAUAAACAUAUAACAGUUCAAGAAGUUAACCAAAGCCAUUCUACACCUUUCUCACAGCCCGCAGAGUUUGCAUGUUUUACUUUGGCUGUCAGUUCCAAUAAGCCACUACCAGUAAAUUUUACAUCUAUCCCAAAUGUGGUACCUGAUUUCAUUCCAAGUUCGUCAAUUGAAGUCAGAGGAAAUUAUUCAAAAUUCCAUAUCAUUUGGAAGGCACCUUUGAAUGUGGAAUAUGGCACUAUCUACUACUGUGUGAAGUCCAAGCUGCUACAGCAAAGGGUUGGUGCAGUUGAGGACAUCUGCCUUACUCCUGAGGACUACCCUGAUACGUUCUAUGAAGUGGUGGAUUUGGAACCUUAUGCCGAGUUUGAUUUUGCUGUCACUCCCUAUACAUAUUGGGGAAGAGGACCUACAACAUCACUAACUCUUCGAGCUCCAGAAGGAGUUCCAUCAGAACCUUUGAACCUUAGGGCAUUUCUUCUACAAACCAACAGUGUUUUUGACAAAGAGAAAAGUGUGGUUGAAAUGAGAUGGGAUAAUCCAAUGAAGCCCAAUGGAGACUUGAUAAUGUUUACAGUUUACUAUAGAGUAGUUAAUGCAACCCUCCAUGCUUGGACCAUAAUAAAUAUAUCAGCACCACUUACAUCUUUUCAACUCUAUGAUCUGAGUCCUGGGCUACGUCUGGAUUUUCAAGUGAAAGCUUCCACCUCUGUAGGAUCAGGACCAUUGUCUGAUAUAUAUCAGACAAACAUAUCAGCCAUAUAUCCUUCUCCUGCUGUAAUCACCGUUUCUGCCCAGCAAAUAACAUUAAUUGACACAGACAGGAAAGAGGCAAUGUGGCAUUUCUCUACAGACAAUACUGUGAAUGUGGUCUCUUAUACAGCAUUUGAUGGAAAUCUGUUUUAUAUACUGAAUGACUUAUUGUGGUAUAGACAUCUGGAGAAUCAGUCUUCACAAUUGAUUUUAAAAGAUAAUCGCCUUUCUAACAGCCGCAGCAUGACAAUAGAUUGGAUUGCAAGACAUAUUUAUGUCAACACUCAGUCACAGCAGAAUGGUACCCAGAUAUUUGUCAUUGACUUGGAACAAAAGAAGAAAGAUCUCAAGCUUAUCAACGCAUUUCAAACUGAUUCAGAUUCAACGAUAGAGGUCAUCACUGUGUACCCUUUGAUUAGCCGUUUAUACUGGUUGGAAUCCUGGAACACUGGCAACAGAAUUUGGUACUAUAAUAUUUUAAAUGGCACAGUGAAGCCUGUAGUAGGUUAUGAGACUAAAACAAAUGAUAAUACAAACAGCUGUGAUUGCGUUUUAAACCACGCUGAGUUGGGAACUGUAAUGACACUGGAUACCACUGAUAGCACAAAUCCAAAUAUCUAUUUCCUAUGUAAUAACACUGAUGUCUGGCUUGCUGAUUUGGAAGGAUGUCAUUGUUUAAAACUAAUCACUUUACCACUGAUUUCUGAAUGGGUUUUCUCUUUAACACAUUUCUAUAACUGUAAUCAAACAAGACCAGGAAAAUACUUAGCACCAGAUAAUGACGACAUGAUUGCCAAGAGAAAUCCUGUUUCUAUAGACAAGAAUAGUGUACUUUACUAUCCUGAAAUAGCAAAAAGUGCUAUUAUUACAAGUCUAGCAGUGGAUGAUAGCUUCAUAUACUGGAGCAUAACAGACAAGACAAAUGGAUCUGUUUAUCAAGCAAGAAAAUUGAAUAAUAUUCCAACUUUGCUCCAAAAUCACACAGGACAUAUCCAAGUUAUAGCAUAUGGUACUGCUUUGCAACCUUUUCCAGAUGUAAAAUGUCUAUUACUGGCUAUAAACAACUCUCUGCCAAAGAUUCAGAGUGCAACAAACACCAGUUUUACUUUGGAAUUACCUCCUACAGUGCCAAAAAAUACCUGCCCUAUAGCAAUGACCACUCCAACAUACCGAAUUAAAUACAAGAAAUGUAUUGUUCUUGACAGUGCUGCUGCAGACUGUACAUAUGAUGGCUCAACAAUUUUAAGUAUAGAGUGCCAGGAGCCAAUAGUGCUAGUUCCAGAUUUACAACCUUACACAACUUAUGAAAUGAAAAUUACAGUGGAAAACUACUAUUCAGUCCUCUUUUCCCAGAGGCCCACAGAAGUUGUUAUUACAGGACAAACAAAGUAUGGAGAAGUGGAGUGUCCUGUUCUGCACACCAUGGCUAUGCAAAUGGAAGAAGUUUACACAGUCUUUCACGAUCUGCUAAGUGACUUUGAAAAUAAGAUGUUAAAUAGAUUUGAUCGGCUAUUGUCUCUUAUGCAAUACACAAAGGUAGUGGUGGAGCCUACUGUACCCAAAACGUCACACAUUACAACUUGGUCAACCCACCAGAAGGAAUCUAAUCUAUAUGAUGAGCAGCCUAUUUCAGAGGAUGAUUAUGCCUCAAUACUGGCAAAAUUUGUCAGUUUCCACCUCACUCCCAUCAAACACAAAAAGCAGAGCAUCAAUAUAGCAAUGAAAGUGAACUACAUUAUAUCUGAAUGGAUUUCUAUCUCCAUAGAAGUGGGACAGCUCCCACCAACUCAUAAACAGAAAGAUGGGGUCAGUUCUUCUCAGCUCCUGCGGGUGGUGCGUAACAACACCAAUAAUACCCGGAAAAUAUUACAACUUGAUGAAAUGUCUAUGAAAUUCCUGAACAGAGGGUACCCACAUUCUCUUAUUUUCCAACAAUUUCCAGGUGCAGUGGAAGACAUUUUUGUAAGAGUGUUGUCAAAUACUCUAGUUAAUGUCACAUGGAGUGAGCCACUUCAGCCAAAUGGCCCGCUAGAGGCUAUACGAUAUCAAGUUAAAGCUAACGAUUCCCGCUUAAUUCCAGUUUCUCCACUGAGAAAAAGUGAAUUUCCAAAAGGACUUACAUUGAUUUUCACUGACUUAAAUUCAGGAACUCAUUAUCAGUUCACGGUUCUUGCAUUCCAUCCAGAUGAAAACUGGUCCACUGCAAGUCAUGCUGUUCAUACUACAACGUUUAAUGCACCUGCUGUACCAGAUAGCAUAAUACCUGGAAAUAGAAGUCUAUCCUUGCAGUGGAGGGCACCAAGUGAGACUUUUAGGAAUUUUUGGUUUGAGCUUAAAAAGGUGAAGGAAAGUGAUUGGAUUCUACCAGUGAAUAAAUCAUGCAAAUCUGAAUCCAUCUACAUUUGCAUCCUAACAGGGGUUAAUCCAAACACAGAUUAUUAUGUGAGAGCAGUGGUUAUUUUUGUCACAGAAGCUGAAGGCAUUUCAGACCAAGCAAGGUUUAAGACAACAGCUGGAGUCCCAAGUAAACCUGGUGUUCCACAAAACCUCGCUGAGGAUCAGAAUUCCAUCAGAUGGGACGUUGCUGAAGAUAAUGGCAGUAAUCUGACCUACAACAUCUUACAAUAUAGAAAAGUGCUGCUCGAUGGGAGAGGAGAUGUUAGUCCUUGGCUGGUGGCCUACAAUGGAUCGUGCAUCAAUAUUUGCUUAUGGAUAUCAAAAGAACUUGAAGGAACUUUUCAGUUCAGAUCAGCAUCUGCAAAUAUGCUAGGGCUUGGAGAUUACAGUGAGAUUAGUGAUUACAUUAAAUUAAUUAAAGAGAAUACGAACUAUGCCAUGGAGACCAUUAUCAUCGUGACUACUCUUCUAGCAAUACUUCUUGUGAUUCUUUUGACAGUUGCUUUUGUCUGGUACCGGAGAUCAAACCACAAACAUAAGAAUGAUACAGACACUGCAGUUAUGAUUCAGGAGGACAAAGAACUGGCUGCACUGCGAGGCUUAUAUAACGCUGUGGGCUUAGCAAAUGCUUGCUAUGCAAUAAGUACAUUGCCUACUCCUGCUGAAAUGGAGAAGCUGCCACGUUUUCCUCGGGAGAAGUUAUCUCUAAGUGUCUUUUUGGGAAGUGGAGCCUUUGGUGAGGUCUAUGAAGGAUCUGCUGUAGAUAUUCUGGGACCUCAAACUGGAACUACCAAUGUAGCCGUAAAGACACUGAAGAAAGAUGCAACAGACCAUGAAAAAGCUGAGUUUCUGAAGGAAGCAUUCCUCAUGAGCCAGUUUAACCAUCCAAACAUCUUAAAGCUUUUGGGAGUCUGUCUACUGAAUGAUCCACAGUACAUUAUUCUUGAACUAAUGGCUGGGGGAGAUUUACUUUCAUACUUGCGAGGAGCUCGAGCAAAUACUUCUCUACAGAGUCCUCUGCUAUCAACCUUGGAUCUUUUAGACAUUUCAGAGAACAUUUCCAGAGGUUGUGCAUAUCUUGAGAAAAUGCAUUUUGUUCACAGAGAUCUGGCUGCUCGCAAUUGCCUGGUGUCUGUGAAAGAAUAUGAUAACCUUUCAAGGAUUAUAAAGAUUGGUGAUUUUGGACUGGCUAGAGAUGUGUACAAAUAUGAUUACUACAAAAAAAAAGGAGAGGGUUUUUUACCUGUUCGAUGGAUGGCACCAGAAAGUUUGGUUGAUGGUGUAUUUAACAGCUGUGCUGAUGUUUGGUCCUUUGGAGUCCUCCUCUGGGAAGUAUUUACUUUGGGUCAACAACCUUACCCAGGAUACUCCAACAUUGAGGUUCUACAUUAUGUACGUUCAGGACAAAGAAUGGACAGUCCAGCAAACUGCCCAGAUGAUAUGUGGGACCUAAUUCUUAAGUGUUGGGCCCAAGAUCCAAAACAGAGGCCACGUUUUUCUUUUCUUAAGAAAAAGUUGGAACAGCUAAAAAGUUCUUCGUUAAGAUGUACUCGUUUCACAGAAAAGAGAAUGACUUUGGAUGGGGUGGACAAUCCAGCUUUUAAAGAAACAGAAGGUACCGGUACAAGUUCAUCUAAGCAAGGAGUGAGCUCACUGACCCUCACUGAAAAAAGGAAUGCAGAAGGACUUAAUUACCUGUUCGUUGCUACAUAGAAGAAAAAGAAAGUAACAAAAUAUGAAGAAAAGACUGUGACCUUUUAAAAAACAAAUCAAGCUUAAAUAUGCAUUUAGUUAGAAGGAUUUGUGAACAAAGCGUAAAACAAUUUGCAGACAUGUAUUUGAGUAAAAUAUAUAUCUUGUAAUUUAUGCAAAAUUACAGACAUCAAAAAUAGUUGGAUCAAUAGUAAUAGAAUGCAAAAAUCUUUUUUUUAACUCCAGUUAAUAAAUUUCUUAUUUCUAUCUA